GGCGUGAUGGCGGAUAGGGCGCUGGAGGCCGUGGGCUGUGGACUAGGGCCAGGGGCUGUGGCCAUGCCCGUGGCGCUGGAGGAUGGGGCGGAGCCCCCUGUGCUGACCACGCACCUGAAGAAAGUGGAGAAUCACAUCACCGAAGCCCAGCGCUUCUCCCAUCUCCCCAAACGCUCAGCCGUGGACAUCGAGUUCGUGGAGCUGUCCUAUUCCGUGCGGGAGGGGCCUUGCUGGCGCAAACGGGGUUAUAAGACCCUCCUCAAGUGCCUCUCAGGCAAAUUCUGUCGCUGGGAGCUGAUUGGCAUCAUGGGCCCCUCAGGGGCUGGCAAGUCCACAUUCAUGAACAUCUUGGCAGGAUACAGGGAGUCUGGCAUGAAGGGGCAGAUCCUGGUCAAUGGGCGGCCUCGGGAGUUGAGAACCUUUCGCAAGAUGUCCUGUUACAUCAUGCAGGAUGACAUGCUACUGCCACACCUAACAGUGUUGGAAGCCAUGAUGGUCUCUGCUAACCUGAAGCUGAGUGAGAAGCAAGAGGUGAAGAAGGAGUUGGUGACAGAGAUCCUGACAGCACUGGGCCUGAUGUCCUGCUCACACACGAGGACAGCGCUGCUCUCCGGUGGGCAGAGGAAGCGCCUGGCCAUCGCUCUGGAGCUGGUCAACAAUCCACCUGUCAUGUUCUUUGAUGAGCCCACCAGUGGUCUGGAUAGCGCCUCCUGUUUCCAAGUAGUGUCUCUCAUGAAGUCCUUGGCCCAAGGGGGCCGUACCAUCAUCUGCACCAUCCACCAGCCCAGUGCCAAGCUCUUUGAGAUGUUUGACAAGCUCUACAUCCUGAGCCAGGGUCAAUGCAUCUUCAAGGGGAGUGUCACCAACCUGAUCCCCUAUCUGAAGGGGCAGGGCUUGCACUGUCCCACCUACCACAACCCAGCAGACUUUAUCAUUGAGGUGGCCUCUGGUGAGUAUGGAGACCUGAACCCCAUGCUGUUCAGGGCAGUGCAGAACGGGCUGUGUACCAUGACAGAGAAGAAGGGCAGCCCUGCGAAGAAUGAGGUCCCCACCACCUGCCCUCCUUGCUCUCAGGAAGUGGAUCCCAUUGAAAGCCACACUUUUGCCACCAGCACUUUCACGCAGUUCUGCAUCCUCUUCAAGAGGACCUUCUUGUCCAUCCUCAGGGACACGGUCCUGACCCACCUGCGGUUCAUAUCCCAUGUGGUGAUCGGUGUGCUCAUUGGCCUCCUCUACCUGCACAUUGGUGAUGAUGCCAGCAAAGUCUUCAACAACACUGGCUGCCUCUUCUUCUCCAUGCUGUUCCUCAUGUUUGCUGCCCUCAUGCCAACUGUGCUCACCUUCCCCUUAGAGAUGGCCGUCUUCUUGAGAGAGCACCUUAACUACUGGUACAGCCUCAAAGCAUAUUACCUGGCCAAGACCAUGGCUGAUGUGCCCUUUCAGGUGCUGUGCCCACUGGUGUACUGCAGCAUUGUAUAUUGGAUGACAGGCCAGCCAGCCGAGACCAGUCGCUUCCUGCUCUUCUCAGCCCUGGCCACAGCCACAGCCUUGGUGGCUCAGUCUCUAGGGCUGCUGAUUGGAGUUGCUUCCAAUUCUCUACAGGUGGCCACCUUUGUGGGCCCAGUUACUGCCAUCCCUGUCCUCUUAUUCUCUGGCUUCUUUGUCACCUUCAAGACCAUCCCCACUUACCUGCAGUGGAGCUCCUACCUCUCCUAUGUCAGGUAUGGCUUUGAGGGUGUGAUCCUGACCAUCUAUGGCAUGGAUCGAGGAAACCUGACGUGCCCAGAGGAACGCUGCCCACUCCGGGAACCACAGAAUAUCCUCCGAGCACUAGAUGUGGAGGAUGCCAAACUCUACAUGGACUUCAUGGUCUUGGGCAUCUUCUUCCUGGCCCUGCGGCUACUGGCAUACCUCGUGCUCCGUUACCGGGUCAAGUCAGAGAGAUAGAGCCUUACACCUGGCCUGCACCCCAGCCCUGCA